AUGCCGGAAAUCGAUCUCAUGAGAGUCGAUCAAUGCGUUUCCGAUGUGAAAUUGGAUGGUGAAUCUCCUUCUCCGCCUAUUGAGGAGGAGGCUCCUGGUUUCGGGGGAUUCGAUUGUUGUGGCUCGAUAGAUGUGGAGGUGAAGCUAGAGGAAGACUCGGAUUGCUUGAAGAAAACCGUCGGGCGCUCGGCUAGACGCGGCCGUCCUCCGAAAACACUGGGUAAAGCUGCUUCGUCUCCGACUUCGCAGACGAGGAAGAGGAGAGAAGACGAAGAUGUUUGUUUCGUUUGCUUCGAUGGAGGUAGUCUCGUCCUCUGCGAUCGUAGGGGAUGUCCAAAAGCGUAUCACCCAGCUUGUGUUAAGCGUACUGAAGCAUUCUUCAGAUCAAGAUCAAAAUGGAAUUGCGGUUGGCACAUUUGUACCACUUGUCAAAAGGACUCUUUCUACAUGUGCUAUACUUGUCCGUAUUCAGUUUGCAAGAUAUGCGUUAGAAGCUCAGAGUAUGUAGUUGUACGGGAAAACAAAGGAUUCUGUGGAAUCUGCAUGAAGACCAUAAUGCUUAUUGAGAAUGCAGCUGACGCUAACAAAGAAAAGGUUCAGGUCGAUUUUGACGACCAAGGCAGCUGGGAGUAUCUAUUCAAGAUUUACUGGGUUUCCCUUAAAGAAAAGCUCUCUUUAUCGUUAGAUGAUCUUACCAAAGCAAGAAAUCCGUGGAAAUCUUCUGCUUCGACUGCUUCUAGGAGAAGAACAGCUAGCCGAGUUCAUGGAAAAGAUGAUGGCAGUGCUACUGGGGUUAUGAAAGCAAGCCGUGCUAAAGUAAGGAAAAUGGAAGCUGUUUCCGCGAGUAAAUUGGCUUUAAACAGUUCAAUGGGUGGUGACAGACUUCCACCAUUGACUAGCGCUGCUGCGUCGUGGGCAACAGAUGAGCUCUUGGACUUUGUGAGGUAUAUGAAAAACGGCGAUCUCUCCGUCUUGUCGAAGUAUGAUGUCCAAACUCUCGUGCUAGAGCAUGUUAGACGGAACAAUCUACAGAGCUCUCCUCAGAUUUCGGAGAUAGUGUGUGACAAUAGGCUUGUGAGAUUGUUUAGAAAGGAGCGAGUGGAUCAGUUGGAAAUGUUAAAGCUUCUUGAUUCUCACUUCCUAGAUCAAGAGGGGUCUCCGGUCACUGAAACUAUGUCCUUCCAGGUCCAUGCGAGCAGAAGCUGUGAUAGGUUGAAUACAUCUGAACACCGUCAUGAAGGAGAGCCACAGCACACUAUUCAGGUUAGACCUUCCAGUAACAACGCCGCUGUAAAAUACGAAACAUGUACCAAUAAGCCAAUUGAGAAUGGCUUGGAUGCGAGUAUGAUAUGGUUGUAUGGAGAUCCAGAUGGGAAGAUCCACGGACCGUUUUCCUUAUUGAACCUGCAACAGUGGAAUUCGAGCGGGCAUUUCCCGCCAGAGCUGAGGAUAUGGAGGUUGAGUGAACAGCAAAACAGCUCCAUACUUUUGACGGAUGCGUUAAAUGGUCAGUUCCAUGAAACAGGAUCGCUUCAGAAUCAUUCUGUCCCCAAGCAGGAAGUGGCAGCUACUAUAGCUAAUGAUCAGAACAGGACUGUGGCUGUUGUUGCUAAGCUAGAGAGUAGAGUACUUGACUUUAGCCCCAACUCAGUAUCCACUGAUCAGAGUGUCAUCUCGAGUAGUAACAGUGUCAUCACAAGGAGCUCUGAUGCGAGCAACAAAAGCGGCAACAACUUCAGCCACACCGUGCCAUUGGAUUUCACUCUCUCUAACGAAAGGGAGGCUUCUCUCUGGAACAAAACGAAAGUUGAAAGUCCUUUGGUUGGACAAAGCCCGAUUAGCUGUUCGCUUUCGCUGGCUACAUUUCCCGGAAACUCAAACUGCUCUCUUCCACAGCACGAAAGAUGGAACGCUGGUGGUCAAACAGACGUACAUGGAAACGACGCAGCAAAGAACGCCUGCAAUCAAAUCGGUAUUGACCUCGACGCGGCUGAGAAACAAGUCACGGCUACAAUCCAGUCAUGUGGGCAAAACUGGAACGCUGCUACUCCAAGCAGUGCUUCAAACGUGUGGGAUUCUUCCAACUCCGGCGUGGUGUCUUUCACAGACAAUCAAGAAAUCGACUUCCUAGAUCUCUUUAGCCCGACCUUCAAAUUCAACUUCGCAUCCACCACCACGGACUGGCAACCAAUUGUAGCUGGACCUGACGAAUGUGACGAGUCAGUCUCAGAUCUUUUAGCGGAAGUUGAAGCCAUGGAGUCUCAGAAACGUCUUCCUUCUCCAACUUCAACGUUCCGUGGCCCUGGAGAAUUAAUCCGACACUCCAUUAACGAUAGCUUCAGUCCCGCUGAAGGGCAUAGCCCGGCACUUGAUGUAAGCAAAGGUGACUCCAUGAGCUCCACAAACGAACGGCAAAUGCAUUCACGAACUAACAACGCCGUGGAUUUUUAG